UAGAGAGGAAAGUCAGACGUGUGUAUUGCUGGACUGCUGCAGACCUCUGGAGUCUUUGCUCACGGUUUCUUAAUUUCGGCAGCAAAUGGCCAAACUAGUGGAGUGCGUACCCAACUUCUCAGAAGGAAGAAAUAAAGAGGUUAUCGAUGCCAUCGCCAAUGCUAUUUCCAGCACAGAGGGUUGCAGCCUCCUGGAUGUGGACCCUGGGCCCUCCACUAACCGCACAGUCUACACCUUUGUGGGGUCCCCCCAGGCUGUGGUGGAGGGGGCACUCAGUGCUGCCAGAAUAGCAUUCCAGCUCAUUGACAUGACCAGGCACUCAGGUGAACACCCGCGCAUGGGGGCCUUGGAUGUGUGUCCAUUCAUCCCAGUGAAGAACGUGUCCAUGGAGGAAUGUGUGAGCUGUGGCAACCGCUUUGGGGAGAGGCUGGCUGAGGACCUCCAUGUGCCUGUGUACCUCUAUGGAGAGGCAGCCCGCAAGGAGAACCGAAGAUCUCUUCCUUCCAUCCGUGCUGGGGAAUAUGAGGCCCUGCCUGAAAAGCUGAAGAAGCUAGAGUGGGCUCCUGACUUUGGUCCAUCCACAUUUGUCCCCACAUGGGGAGCCACGGUGACAGGGGCCCGCAAAUUCCUCAUCGCUUAUAAUGUCAACCUGCUGAGCACAAAGGAGCAGGCUCAUCGCAUUGCACUGGACAUCCGAGAGCAGGGCAGAGCCAAAGAUCAGCCAGGACGUCUGAAGAAGGUACAGGGAAUAGGAUGGUACCUGGAUGAGGCCAGCCUUGCCCAGGUGUCCACCAACCUGCUGGACUUUGAGGAAACGGCACUCCACACUGUCUACGAAGAGAUCUGCCGAGAGGCUGAGGAACUGAACCUGCCUGUUGUGGGGUCUCAGAUCGUGGGUCUGAUCCCACUGAAAGCUGUCCUGGACUGUGCAGAGUUCUACAUGGAGAGAGACAACCUCUUCAUACUGGAGGAGGAGCACAAAGUGAGACUGGUGGUCAGUCGCCUGGGAUUAGAUUCGCUUGGGCCUUUCGUUCCAAAAGAGAGAAUUAUAGAGUACAUGGUGGAGGGCGCUGAGCAGGGGGAGCGGCUGGCAUCUCUGCCUCUUCAGCAGUUCAUCCGGAGUGUGGGGGCCAGGACAGCAGCGCCAGGAGGGGGCUCAGUGUCGGCUGCGGUUGCUGCUAUGGGAGCAGCGCUGGGGUCCAUGGUGGGACAGAUGACAUACGGAAAGAGACAGUUUGAGAGACUGGAUGGUGUCAUGAGGAGACUGAUCCCUCCCUUCCACCACGCCAUGAACGAGCUCAUUGCCAUGGUUGAUGCUGACUCCACAGCUUUCAGCAGCUACAUGACUGCACUCAAACUGCCUAAAAACACAGAAGAAGAAAUUAAAAGGAGGGAAGCUGCCAUGCAGGAAGGUCUGAAGAGGGCUGUGAGAGUCCCCCUUUCUCUAGCGGAGAGAGUGAGUGUGCUGUGGCCCAGUCUGAAGGAGAUGGUCCUUUAUGGAAACCUGGCCUGCAAAUCAGACCUUCAGGUGGCAGCCAAAGCUCUUGAGACAGCAGUGUUUGGAGCAUAUUAUAAUGUUGUGAUAAACCUCAAAGAUAUCAAAGAUGAAAGUUUCAAAAAUGAGACCCAGAAGAGGGCCUCUGCCCUGCUGCUGGAGGCCAGGGAGAGCGCAGGCGCAGUCCUAGAGGCUGCUGACCAGAGAAGAGAGUGAAGAACUAAUGCAAAGGGUCUGGGCAGAGCGGUGGCACUGUCGCUAAGGAUCUGUGGCUGGAAGGUUGCUGGUUCAAAUCCUGUGGCCAGCAGAAGAAU